UCUGUUUUGGCGCCCAAGAUACGGUCACACUGCAGCCCCACGCUUAAAUUUGUUUGUGCGAAUUCGUGAAAUUGCACAUAAAAUGCCGGAAAACCCAGCUAUUACAGCGGACGACAAGCGCAGUCACUUGCCCUGGAUUGAGAAGUACCGCCCCGCAAAGUUCAAGGAGAUAGUGGGAAAUGAGGAUACCGUAGCAAGACUGUCCGUCUUUGCCACCCAGGGAAAUGCACCCAAUAUAAUCAUUGCCGGACCUCCUGGUGUGGGCAAGACAACCACCAUACAGUGUCUGGCCAGGAUUCUCCUCGGAGACAGCUACAAGGAGGCUGUCCUCGAGCUAAAUGCCUCCAAUGAGCGAGGAAUCGAUGUGGUCCGCAACAAGAUCAAGAUGUUUGCCCAGCAAAAGGUGACACUGCCACGGGGCAGGCACAAGAUUGUGAUUCUGGACGAGGCUGACAGCAUGACGGAGGGCGCCCAGCAGGCACUGCGCCGGACCAUGGAGAUCUACAGCAGUACUACGCGUUUCGCCCUGGCCUGCAACACCAGCGAGAAGAUCAUAGAACCUAUCCAGUCCCGCUGCGCCAUGCUGCGAUUCACCAAGCUAUCUGAUGCGCAAGUUCUGGCCAAGCUCAUCGAGGUGGCCAAGUGGGAGAAGCUUAACUACACGGAGGACGGACUGGAGGCCAUCGUGUUCACCGCCCAAGGUGACAUGCGACAGGGGCUGAACAACCUGCAAUCCACCGCCCAGGGAUUUGGCGACAUCACCGCCGAAAACGUCUUUAAGGUCUGCGACGAGCCGCAUCCGAAGCUCCUGGAGGAGAUGAUCCACCAUUGCGCUGCCAAUGACAUACACAAAGCCUACAAAAUUCUGGCCAAGCUGUGGAAGCUUGGAUACUCGCCAGAGGACAUCAUUGGAAACAUAUUCCGCGUCUGCAAGCGCAUCAACAUUGACGAGCACAUGAAGCUGGACUUUAUCCGGGAGAUCGGCAUCACGCACAUGAAGAUUGUCGAUGGGAUCAAUUCGCUGCUGCAGCUCACCGCCCUUCUGGCCAAACUCUGCAUUGCCGCCGAGAAGCAUUAGGUUUUUUAUGAACUAUAGUAUUAGACAUCUCACAGAUAAAUAAAAACAAAAACUAAAAAGUC